CCUCUCCUAUACUCCGCUCUCUGACUCCGCGGCUCCUCAUUCACUAGAAGAUGGCGGACUGCGCUCCACUAUUAGAUGAGGAACUCUCGUCCUUUGUCUUCAAUUACCUGACAGAAAACUCCGGCAGCCAGUAUGGGGAGGAGGAGGUGUGUUCGGACCGCUUGGACACUGACUUCCCGGACAUCGACCUCUCUCAGCUGGACACCAGCGACUUCGACAGCGUCAACUGUCUCAGCGAGCUCCAGUGGUGCAACGACCAGCCGGCGGACGCGUCGCCGGCCCGCUACUGCACAGCCGACGAGCUCCUCGAGAUCGAAGAGGAGAACGCGGCGCUGCUCGCCGCUCUGACCGACAGCUUGGAUGGCAUGGUGGACGCCGAGGUGGGCGGGCUCUCCGUCUUCCCCACCCUGGGGGAGGAGCCCGACCAGGAAGAGGAAGAGGAGGACCGUCGUCCCCGCGGCGCCGAGGACUUCGGCCAGUCCAUGGGGUCCGAGACGGACGACCCAUCUCUGCUGAUGAAACUCCUGCUGACUCCUCCCAACGUGCCCGCCGCCGCCGACGCCCACAAGGACAGAGUCCACGGCCAUCGCUACAGCAACAGAAGCCUGCACCUGCGGCCCUCCAGACCCCCGGUCAAGGCCGACCUCCGUCAGCAGAGGAAGCCCCGGGCGGUGCGCCCCGCCGGCCACCUGUGUACCGAGCUCCACCGCCACCUCACCACGGCCCGGGACUCAGGGGACGCCCCGGCCCCGGACACGGAGGAGGACGAGGAGGACGAGGAGGAAGAAGAGGACGAGGACAGCGAGUCGGAGGAGGACGAAGAGGACGAAGAAGAAGAAGAAGAGUCUUCCAGCAGCGAGGCGGAGGCCGUGGCGGUCGCGUGCGCGGCCCCCGCCGAGCCGCCGAAGCCCCAGUUCAGCUCGGAGAAAGAGCUGCGCUCGGUGGUGGAGCUGAUCACGUACAUGCACACGUACUGCCUGCCCACGCGCAAGCAGCAGGGCUGGGAGCGGAAGGACCGCGAGGCCGCCAGGCCCCGGGCCAGACCCGAGGGCCCCCGCCCGGCCCCCACCGGCUCGCACAGCAGAGUCGUCUUGGUGGCCGCCCCCGCGGCCAGCGGGGGCUCGGCCGGGACGGGCCCCCGGAGGGUCCCCUUUGCGAGGCGGAGGGAGGUGAAGGCCAACUCCCUCCUGCGCUAGCUCCUGCAGCGGAGCAGCUCUUCGACUGAGCAAGCUUACAGACUGCACAGCCCCCCUACUCCAACCCGCGCGGCGCCGCCCAAGCGGAGUCGGAAAGACUCGUCUUCUCGAGAGAGAGCGGCUCUUGAAGGCGCGCGGAGCGUCGAGGAGGCGGCGGAGGACGGCGGCUCCUUCUCGGUCCGGCGCUCGCGGCGCCUGGCCUCCUUCCCCAGCCGCUUCGGCAAGAGGCCGCGGCCUGGACGGGCCAGGGAGGGGGAGCGGAAGGGCAGGGAGGAGAGGGAGGAGGGACGGGCCGCGCUCAAGCUCCUGCCGACGCAGGCGGGCGGCGGCGCGACGACGACGGAGGCGCCGACGGCGGGCGACGAGCCGGCCGCACCCUGCUGCCACAACGAGAAGCGAGCCUGCCUCUGCCUGACUCUCACCCCCAAAUCCACAGGAGAGUCCCAGUACGGCAGCAAGCCUUUCGAGCAGACGCUCGGCAUGGAUCUGUGUGGAACAGCAGGUCUCACCCCUCCCACCACCCCGCCUCACAAACCGGUGGAGGAUGAGCUCUUCAAACCGGCAGAGGGAGGAAAGGUGGGUGAAGGAACAGGAGGAGGCGGCGUCGAGGCGGCUCACGCGGCCUCCAGUACCAACGCCGCCGCCGCCGCCGCCAAGGGCUCGACCCGGCUGACCCGCGCCGCCCACCACCGGAAGCUCCCGGAGCAGACGGAGCUGUACGCCCAGCUGCGCCGCAUGGGCCAGGCCGGCGACGGCGACACCCGCCGCGCCUUCGGCGACCACGACUACUGCGCGCUGAGCCUCGGCGAGAGCCGCAAGCGCAGCGCCGCCAUGCUCGGCGCCAUCUUGCAGGCGCAAGGAGGGAGCGACGGAGCCGGCUCCGCCCCCGCGCCCGCUGAGGCCGACGAGCGGGCGUCGGACGGCGAGGGAAAGGAGAGCGGGGAGGGCCGGCAGCGCCGAGACGCCUCUGGCAUCAGGGGCGCGGCGGUGACCUUCUCGACGUCGCCGAUGACGUCACUGCUGCGCUGCCUGACGCCGGCUGCUGCCACGCCGCCGGUCUCGGAGGAAGAGGCGGAGCGCUCGUCUGCGUCCCGCUCACCCUCGCCCAUCCUCCACCUGUGUCCCGACUCCCCCGCCAGCAAGACGGACUCCAGCUGUUUUAGUGAAAACUCUGAGAUCACACCCGACGACAAGCAGAGGAACAAAGCCAAGUGUGACGAGGACAACUGCCAGGUGUUUUACAUCCACAACCUGCCGACGAGCGUGACCCAGAACAUGCUGAGGAAACGCUUCCAGGUUUUCGGCAAACCCGAGGACUGCAAAGUCAUCAUCUGCAACGAGGAGCGCUGCGGGGUGAUAAAGAUCCGCCAGGCGGGGGUUCAAAAGCACUGGAGAGAGCGGGAGACUGUUUUCCAGAGCGGGCCCGCGGGCCUGAGGAGGCUAACGAGGAAACGCUACAUAGAUCUCGACGAGGCAGGACCGGGCCCCGUCAAGAGCAAGUACGAUGCACUGGACUUUGACGCUCUGCUGAAGGAGGCCCAGAAGUCCCUGCACCGCUGACGGGCCCGGCCUUUAAAGUGCAGCAACUCCCCCCGCGACUACACGGCUCUGCCCUCGCAAAGGCCUUCGUAGUACCUCCAUGCAAGGCAACCUCGCAAAAUGUUUACAUUUUUACCAAUGGAAUAAAAGUAAUGUUAAGGACCUCGUCGUUUCUUUUUUUUUUUUCUUUCUUUUUUUUUUUAACGUUUCUUUCACCAGAGGAUACUGCUUUAAAAAAAACGAGGAAGCCACCGGGAUUCAAGAGCUAACGGAUGAAAACGGGACACGGCAAUGGAGCAACGGCUGCAGACGAGUUCGUUGCUGAACGAGAAUAACGAAGAGCCGUCUUGUGUUGUUUGAGAAGCCCCUCGACCCCCCACCCCCCCGACCCCCCCUCACGGAGAGACCUCCGUAGCAGAUCCUUGCUAUUCCUGCGUUGCGUUGGUUGUCGUGAUGUACGUUUCUGCGCGUGUGUGUUCUUUGUCUUUUUUGUAAAAAAAAAAAUUCAGAAAAAAAACUCUCUCUUUUUCCGGUUUUCGGGUGGUGAACCUUUCAAGCUGUUUGUUCGCCAUGAAGUCCUGCGGUUGUAAAAAAAAAAAAGAAUAAUGUACCCCUGCUUUGUUUUAGCAAAAAAUUGUGGAUGUUAUACAUUUUCAAAUCUAUUGUGUGUGCGCGUGUGUGUGUUAUGGACAAAGAAUAUAUAUAUAUAUAUAUAUACAAAAAACAUUUAAUCAUUUGAUGACUGAUAAAGUUUACAAAUCUAAAAUGAAGAUGAAAAAAAAUUCAUGUUUUUUUUUCUUUUCUUUUUUGUAACUGUAGUGCUUCCUUGAUUUGAUCUAUGCACUGUAAGGAGGUCGAUACCUCCUCCGCUCCCCUUGUGACUCUGAACUCUGCCAUGCCGACUAUCCUGGACUCCGCUACUGGCUGCCGCAGGCUCUGUUUGAUCCGCGUCGACUGACUAAGACCCCGACUAUGUCCUGGAAAAAAUGACACCUCUAAAUUCCAUAAGUAAGUUGCCCGUUGAGUUAUUACAUAAUUCUCAAAAUUCCUUCGGCGUGGCCAGAUUGUAUAACGAGCCUUCAAGUUGACUGAAUUUUUUUUUUUAAAAAGGUACGUGCUACAAAUCCAACAAUUGGACCUUAUGGGGUUUUUUUGGUACAGAAAUUGGGUGAAAGAAAAAAAUUGAGAUUGUCCUUGAUGUGUUGUACCUGGGUCAUGAUGUAUGUCUGAUAGAGUCCCACUGAACAUGCGUCCAACAAUGGCCUCAGCCUAUCGACAUCCCCGGAGGCCACAGCCAAUGCAGCGCUCACUGUUUACAUUUGGACUGCGGCAAGCAGGACCAAAAUGGGGAAUUAAAGAUGAAGAUAGCCAUA